AAUAAGGAGAAAAAAAAAGAGCAAAACCAAGAGUAAAACUUUUUUCCCAGUUUAUUGUAGAAUAAUAGGUUCUACCAAUUUUGUUGUUUUUUGGAGUUAGAUGAAAACAUAUAUUACUUGAUUGGUGAAAUUUAGAGUAACACAACGGAAUUUUUGUCAAAAAAAAGAAGAAGAGUAGACUCCAGCAUUUUGAACUUUUUCUCUCUCAUAAAGACAUAAACUCUCCAUCUUCUCUCUUCUCCAAAAGUUUUCAAAUUUGCAGAUCUGCAGCUCCGGCGGCUUCCAUAGCGUCGGAGCUGUGCUCUCAUAUGUAUAAAUCUUUUCAGUACGGUUCUUUUAAGAUCAGUCUUGUAUUUGGUCUUUUUCGGGUGUAGCUCUUUAGGUGUUAAGGAGAUCUUUAGAUAAUCUCUAAGAUGUGGGAUGGUUUUAUUUCUUCGUCGCUGCGGUUGCUUACUUGAUUGAUUUGACCCGAUCUGUAUUUUUUUCUGGUGUACGGUGCUGGUUGAAGCCGUCUCUGAUGUGGGUUGUUAAUUCUUCCAGCAGAUUUGGUCAAAUCGUGGUCGUUUGAGUCAGCUGUGAUUGUCGCUUGGUCAAUAAUGCUCAUCUCUUUCUUAUAUUCUGGGUUAUUUGAAGCUUCUCUGUUGUUGUGUUUUGUCCUUCUGUUCGGUUUAUGUCUCCCCAUGGUUGGGGCUUUUGUUUCUGGGUAGAGGUGGUUCACAUAACACUUUCUUCGCCGGCUUUGCUUUGAUGAUGGCGGAAACGCGGCGCUCAUCUGUUCGGUUUCCGGAAGUUCGUAAUUGCUGGUCGGGAUUUUCACAUGGAGGGGGCCUGGGUAGUGUUGUCCCUUGGACUCAUAUGUGGGCUGAAGUGAAGACCUGUUAAGUUUAAUGUUUUCUGUAUUGAGUUAGUUUUGGUCUUUUUGUUUGAUGUUGAUAAUGGUUUAAACCUUUAAUAAAAAUUCCAGAUGACAAAAAAAAAAAAAACGGAAUUUUUGUUUUACUCCAUUAUAUUAUAGCAAACAAUAAAGAGUGUUUUUAUUUUCUGUUCAACAGAGAAAAAUUGUAAAAUCACUUAUAACGUUUUGGGUGUUGUCAUCUCCGGCAUGGAAUUGGUGGAAUGAUCGACGACAAGACAAUCAAUGUGUUUAUGACUUUAUGUUGAAUCCAGAUUCAAGUGAUCUCUAGUCGACCAUGAGCUGCUGAGAUUGGGUGGGUUUGUUUUCCAUCAUGGGGAAGAAGGAGAUAGCUGUUUCUGGGAACACCAUUUCUCUCCAACAUGCUCGUCCUGUAACUCGUGCCAUUGCCUCUGCUCUGCGUGCUUCUUCUAAGUUGAUUACAUCUUCACAAGUGGCUGCUGCUACCAACCACAACCAGGGAAGGGUUCUGAGAGCAAACGGUAAAAGAAGAGCCUUCGAGGAUGAUGAUGAUGAUAAGAAUGGCAAUGCACCUACUAAGAAGAAGCGAGCUCUUCUUAAAGACAUCACAAACGUUACCUCCCAUAUUUCUUAUGCUACAAGCUGCUUCAGUGCACCUAAAAUUCAGGUGGAGAAUAUAAAGCAGAUAAAAAAAGGAAGGGCAGGUUCUUCCAAGGUAGCAUCAUCUUCUCCUACUUCACAAGUUACAGAUGAUGCAAAGUUACAAGCUGUGACAGAUUCAGUAGGAGUAAGCUUGUCUAGCUGUUAUGAAGCAUCUUGUAGCUCUAUCGAAAAGCCGAGUUCCAGGUUGCCUCCUAGACCCCUUGGGAGGAGAUCAACUUCUACAGUUCCAAAAUUCAUUGACAUUGAUUCAGAUGUUAAGGAUUCUCUACUCUGUAGCCUAUAUGCACCUGAUAUCUACUACAACCUACGUGUUGCUGAGCAGCUUAAACGCAGACCAUGUCCUGAUUUUAUGGGGACAACACAAAGAGAUGUGACUCAGACAAUGCGGGGAAUCCUGAUUGAUUGGCUUGUAGAGGUCUCAGAGGAAUACACACUUGCAUCUGAUACUCUCUACCUCACAAUGUAUCUCAUAGACUGGUUUCUACAAGGGAACUGCAUGGAAAGACAAAGACUUCAAUUGCUGGGCAUCACAUGUAUGCUCAUUGCUUCAGAGUUUGGUUUGGUGGUGUUUCUUAAAAGAAAGUAUGAGGAAAUCAAUGCGCCACGCAUUGAAGAGUUGUGCUUCAUCACGGAUAACACUUACACAAGAGAUGAGGUCCUAGAAAUGGAGAGCCAAGUACUGAAGCAUUUUAGCUUUCAAAUUUACACUCCCACUUCAAAAACAUUCCUCAGGAGAUUUCUCCGAGCAGCUCAAGCUUCUCACUUGAUGAUGCCAAGCGUGGAAAUGGAGUUUCUGGCGAAUUAUCUGACGGAAUUGACGCUAAUAGAGUGUCAAUUCUUGAAGUACCUUCCUUCGGUUAUAGCUGCAUCGGCUGUUUUUCUUGCCAGGUGGACAAUAAACCAAUCAAGCCACCCUUGGAAUGCAACACUGGAGCACUACACAACGUACAAAGCCUCGGAUCUCAAAGAAUGUGUUCAGGCCUUGCAAGAUCUGCAGCUUAAUACCAAAGGAUGUCCCUUAAACUCCAUACGCAUGAAAUACAUGCAAGACAAGUUCAAAUCUGUGGCGGUGUUCACAUCUCCUAAGAUACAUGAGAGACUAUUCUGAAAUCGGUUCAUCUCUUAACCGAUAUAACACGUCUGUCUGUAACAUUUUGUGAUGGUCCGGUUCGUCCUUCUCUCUUUCUCUCUCUCUCUCUCAAAUAAAAGAGUUAGUAAUUUUUCCAAGGUCUCAUUUAUACCAAGAAGAGUAACAGGUAUAUUCCGGUUUAGUGUAGACAUGUUUUGGUUCUGGUCCGUAUUACACGACAGUUUAAUUUUCAAAUUGUAAAAGUCGGAUCAGAUGUAUAUUUUUUGUUUUUGGUUCAUCAGGCAAUUUCUGCUA